AUGGUGAAUAUCUUUAUAUUUUAACUCUUACUUUCAGAUUUUAAAAUGGAUUUAUCAUCACUGGUUAUUGUUCUGUUAAAUGUGUUGGACACAGUAAUUGGAUUGGAAUGUUCUAAAUGUACUCACGUGGUUAUCAAGGACGUCCCUUCAUUUCUCCAAAGCAUUGUAUUACCCAAAAGUCCUCAAUGUGCCAGCACCCCUCCGGGACAAACGGCCAAUGGCGUGAGUUUGGUUAAGUGCCCCAGUAAUCCAACGUCAGGACAGGUGUACAAGUGUGGGACCUACACCGGCACCUGCACCAUGCAAAUUGACCUAAUACUCAUCAAACCCAGUGUAAAUGCUGACAUAGUAUACCGAGACUGUGUGCUGAUGGACCCAGCAGUCCCUGCCUCAUGCGCCAUACAGAACAGGUAGAGUCUAUAACAUAAC